AUGAGCACCGGCAGCGAAACCCCACCCGAAAGACCGGCGAAGGCUGUGACAAAAGAAGGUAUCCUGAACGAUACUGACAAAGAUGACGAGGCAUGGAGUUUGUUCCAAUGCUGCCAUCCUCCCAAGGGAGAAAUUGAUUGCUGGAGCGCUUUGAAGCAGUUGCUCCACCUCAAUGGACCAGAAACUGGUACUUGUACCAGUGGUGGCAAGAUGAAAGAUAACGACAAUCUACAGAAGGACAAGAAUGUUGAAUCAAUAACCAAAGACGAAAAGGAAGCUUUACUGAAGAAAUCAGAUGAUGUCAUAGUACAAGGUAGCCUACCAGACACGUCCAAAUCGACAAUAAGUAGUGAAAAUACAAGUAGUGGUGACAUCAGGAACCCAUCGAUGGAACACCCAACUCUCCCCCCAUUGUCACCUGGAGAGAAAGAUCGAAUUGCCAAGGUUUUGGAAUGCAUAUCUCAACCUGUUCCUCCCAAUAGCGAAGAAGAAAAGAAAGAGUCAGUCGCACAGCAGACUCCUUCUGCUCUGUUCCACGUUGCCCAAGCGGCAGCGAAAUCGGCACUCGAGGCUCAAAGUGGUAGUGCAGCACAACAAGAGGAAGAGCCAACUUUUGAUCUCAAUGCAGAUGAUCCACAGGCUGCUAUACAACGACUCCUGGAGGCAGGCAAACGAAACGAAUCCCUGAAAUUGCGACAACAGCAACAUUUAGAACGAAUCGAAAUCCUCCUCCAAGAGUGCCCCACCUUGUUGCGACCGUUGGAGGCUUGUUGCAAGGCACUUUUAUUACUGGAGUCGCCAUCCAGUCAAUCGGCGGAGGAUAUCAUAAGCGCUGUUCUUGGUCGAUCGGAACAGUCAAAGACACUGCAAUUUCUGAAGGGGGAUGGGGACUUGGAGGAGGACCAGCAACUCAAGGGGAUCAUGACAUCGUGCGCUCAUUUGGGAGCUGUUCAUGCCUUUAUUGCCUGUCGAGAUGCCACAAAACAGGAACAAUGGAAAGAUCGGCUCAAGGAUCUGGUUGACACCCCCGAUGACAAGAAAGAUCCAGCCAUAGAAGCCCUACACCAAUCCCUGAUCCAAUCCCACACCCGAAACCUACAAGGGGCACACGACAAAGACCCAACGCCGCUGCUCCAAGAACACUUUUUGGAGUGGCACAACCGCCAUGUACCUGGUAUGCUAUCCACGCUUCCCGCUUGCAUGCAAACCAUUCUCCUUCCAUCCUUUGAAGAUGAACCCACCCCGGAGAAUAUCAUUCCAAGUCUGAAUAGCAUUGAUGGCUCUGGAAGUCUAUCGCCAUCAGCCUCAGGAACGUUAUCUACUUGGCUGCAUGUCAUUGCCCACACACUACCAAGAGCCCAACGCAAAAAGGCUGGUCAAGAGUGGCAUCGAUUGUAUUCCUCUCAUUCAGAUGGGUUCAAUCUAUCUACACUAGAACACAGCCUAACCGGGUACCAUGGUGCCACCAUGAUCCUGGUGGAAGCCUUUGACAAGGAAUCAUCCAAAACUAAUCAAACCUUUGGAGCCUUUGCUUCUCAACCAUGGAUCAAGCAAGAUGCUCCUGAGUUUUAUGGCGACGGCGAUUCCUUCCUCUUCCAAUUGGAACCCAAGUUUCAUGUGAUGAGAGCUGGAGCCGCUGACAUGUCAAGACAACGACAACAGUGGUCACCGCACUAUCAAUACUUCUAUUUAGACAAGAACAAUCUGCAAAACCAGCCACCGACCACAAUAUCAACCAACAAGGACGACUCCAAAAAGCAUGAAAGUGGAAUUGGGCUUGGCGGAACGCGUCGUCGGCCACGCUUCUUCAUAUCGUCCUCUCUGGAUCAUUGUCAUUUGGGUUCCAGCGAUGCCACAUUUGCAGCCUCGGUAGACCAGUCCGCUACUAGCGGUAUCCUACUCCAGAAUCCUUUUUGGGAGUUGCACUCCUUGGAAGUAUGGGGACUUGGUGGCACUGCAGCAAUGCUGUCGCUUCAACGCCAUCGCAGUGUGCAAGAUGCUCAUCUGCAGAAAGCGAGACAAGUCGACAAGGCAGCUUUUCUGAAUGACUUUCGGAGUGGUCUGAUUGAAAGCAAGAUGUUUGGCUUUCGCGAAGAGAUGCGAAAUCGGGACGGAGGAUGCAUGCUGGACAGCGAGGACGGAAGGUAG